AUGUCGUCGAAACGGCGUGGUGAACUACAUGCAGUUGUGUUCGAACUUGAACUACCGACAAACUUGAAAUCAUUCGUGUUUGCAGAUAUUUCGUAUAUGAGCAAGAUGAUCGAUGAACAAGAAGUCCUAUUCGACAUUGGUACCACGUUCAUUGUGACUAGUGUCGCCUUCGACGAUGUAGAACAGAAUUGGGUGAUUCGAUUGACUGGUACCGACAAAGGACUUGAUAUUGUCACCAAAGAAUACAUUGAUUUUUAUCGAAAACGUAUGGUCGCACUAACACCAACUAUUAAGCUAGGUGAAUUUCUUAUUAUUGUCGGUCAGUUUGAAAAAGCGCGAGCCUAUUUCAAUGAUUUGCUUAAACUACAUGACCAAGAUGAUGUUUAUAUUCUGUACAAUCUCGCUUGGAUUGAUAAGUGUCAAGGAAAAUAUCGAGAGGCUCGAGAAAAACUCGAUCGUGCCUAUGAGAAGGAAAAUACCAACGAUUUGCCGUGCCAACAAAAGCUGCGUGAUAUACUUAACGAUAUUGGAACUAUUCAUGUGAUAAUGGAUGAACACGAGCAAGCUUUAAACUAUUAUCACCAAGCAAUGAAAAUUUCAUCAAGUUCAGCUAUCUUCAACAACAUAGGAUUAGCAUAUAAGAUCCAGGGCCGAUACAUCGAGGCGCUGGAAUAUUUCAACAAAGCGCAUGAGGUCAGUGAUGGCGAACGGCCCAGUGGGCAUUAUGAGAUAGGUAUCACAUUGGACAACAUUGGACAAACAUACAAUUAUCAAGGUGAAUAUAGCAAAGCACUUGAUUAUCAUUUGCAAGCCCUUCGUGUCAAACAGAAAACACUGCCCGAUGAUCACAUGGAUAUUGGGAUUAGUUUCAAUAAUGUCGGUUUUACAUACAACAAUUUGGGAGAAUACGAUGAAGCAUUAACAUAUUAUCAGCGUGCUCUUCAAGUAUAUCAGCAAUGUUUACCUGAGAUUCAUCUUGAAAUUGCCAUCUUACUCGAUAAUAUGGCUACUGUGUAUUAUUGCCAAAAACAAUAUACCAAAGGUCUUGAGUAUCUUUAUAAAGCACUCCAUAUUGAAGAGCGUGUCGAGCCAAUCAGUCGUCUGACACUGGGUCGAACGUUAAAUAAUUUAGGUGUAACACUUAUUGCUUACAAGCACAAUGACGAAGACAAUGAUAAAGAGGCACUCGACUGCUUUCGACGAGCACUCGCCAUGUAUGACGCCAAUGGAUCAGCUCAGAGUUCCGACGCGGCCAUCUCACUCUAUCAGCAAGGUAAAUUGCAUCAUCGCCGAAAAGAGUAUUAUCAGGCGCAUGAAUUGUACGAGCAAGCUCUGAAUAUUCAACGUAGUGUCUUACCACAAAAUCAUUCGGCAACACUCAAAACGCAAGCAACACUAAUUCAACUCAAGACUGAAUUAGAAAGUAACGAAAAGAUAGAUGUACCCUCAUGA